AUGCUGCAGAUUUUCCAGCCCGAACCGCAUUUGCUCGCGAAGCAGUCACCUGUUGCCAACGCCUACUUCUGGGAAUCCCAACGCAUGCUACUUACAAUGUCUGAAACGUUCGGACAGCCGCUGCAGGUAUCUGGGAACGGCUUCCGUGCAAUCCGGAGAACUCUUGCAGGCAUGCCAAAGAACGAAGCCGAGAAGCACAGUGCGCUUCUGCAUGCACCCUCUUGGCCACCGUAUUUAACUCCUGGAGAUGGCAUGGACGAGAUGACGGACCCUGAGGCCAACUGGAGUCGAACUGUCGAGGCAGGCAUGCUAAUGCAAGAGGCUGGUUUCGCAAAGUCCGAAGCCGAUGACAGUCUGGAUAUACUCAAAGGAAUGACACCCAACGGAACGCCGACAAUACAGCAGCGCACGCUUGCGGGAAGCCGACCCGUUACCACGUGGGAGGCGUCCAUCCGUGCCACGCGAGAUGCCCACGAAGCGUGGGGGCGAUUCAAUGACCCCCCGCAGAAGGAUGCUGUACCUGGAGUGAAUGAGUAUGCGGCCAUGUUCGAGAAGCUCACGCUGAGGGAAGUCGCGCCGACUAGCAAGCUCCUCCCCGGCGACAAGGCACAGAACUUUCCCGCCUACCGAGCUGCAAAUCUUGCAGACAUUGAAUGGGCAAAAUUUCGACCGCCGAGCGUAGAGGAACUCUACGACCAGAUGCGCCAACAAGACAUUCUCCCUAGCGGUCACUGCCUUUUCAUUCUGGUGUCCAAUGCGCCUGAUUUGAAUACCGCUCAUCGCUAUCUGGAAACGGCUGCGCAACUCGACCCGGAUAUCUCUAGCCUCCUUGCUCCCAAGAUUGAACGGUCUGCACUGCGCCGAGUUGGCAUGGGGCUCUUCUCUGCGUACAUCAGUAUGCUUGCGAGGCGGGACGACUCCUGUGGGUGGGAAAACCUGCAGCGAGCGAUUACCCUAGCGGAGGCGCGUAUUGGCGACAAGCGCUCGCGCUGGGCUUCGCUGGUCUGGGGCGCCAUCUUGAAAGGUGGCUCCAGGCAUCACUCGGCGCUGCGAAUGUCUCCGUCCGACCAAGUUGAGCUCAUCAUUGCGAUUGCAAAACGGAUUGACCGGGGCGGCAGGUUGAAUCUGGCCAACUUUACGGAACUAAACAAGAGUAUACGAAAGCUGAUUCGCUACGAUUUGCGCGCCUUGCUCAACGAUUUGCAGCAAAGUGAGGCGUCAGAUUUGAUGUCCUCAUCAAUGCCACCGUUACGAAUCCUAUACGAUGCUCUCAUCUCCAACGAGAACAGAGUAGCGUCGGUUGGGGGAGAGGAAGGGCAAGCGCCCUGUAUCCCAGGCACGCUGAAGUCACUUGUGGAGUUCAUCAAAGCCGAGUUUGCCAAGCUGCAGGCGCAAGAAGCUUUGUACCAAACGGGGGCGCGCGACAACUACAUAUCGCCGCUGGAUCGUAUGCUGUCGCGAAACGACGUGGUUCGAAGCGAGCACGCGCUGGAGUACAUGAUGAGCAUGGGGUACGCGGGCGAAUACCAGGAGAUGAAGAAGCUGCUCCUCUUCCUCAUACGAGAAUGGGGCCAGGCAGAUCUGGUGCAAGACUUGGUUGCGCUCGACGAGUUGCCGCCGUCGGCUGACUUUUCGGAGCUACUGUGCGUGUUCCGGCUGCUGGGGGAGCAGAUGCUGGGAGGGCCUACGGUUGCCAGGGAAGUGCAGGGCGCGAUAGCAGAGUGCGGGCUGCCGUGGACGUGGCCAGACGGCGCGACGUUGGACGCGUAUCUCCAGAUGCACCAGCAUGAUUCGAUCCGACAUGUACGAACGAUACUGGCCCUGAUGCGGGCGCGAAAGGGCGCCGCAGCAUAG